AGCAUCCAAUCAGGUGAGGCUAGGGGCGGGCCAAGACAAAGGGCUCUUCCGUUGCGCCUGGCUCAAUCCUUCUGUAUCGGCUUCUUUUCUCCUUUGGCCUCCAAGGAUCAGCUUCCCUCUCUCACAAGAAUUAUAUAGCCCUCUAAAAUGCACAUCAGCCAUAGAAUAAAGCGGUUAUUGUAUAUGGUGCCUGGAAAGCAGCGCUUUGGCGUUUAUAGAUUUCUCCCUUUCUUCUUUCUUCUUGGAGGUGCUAUGGAAUGGUUUAUGAUCAAUGUUCGUAUUGGCAAAGAGACUUUUUAUGAUGUUUACCGCAGAAAGCAGUCUGAGAGACAACAUGAGAACUUGGAAGAAAGAUGAAUUUCAUGCUGCACUGCGAUGUGAUGUGAAUUUUCAAGUGCCAAAUCCUACUAGACUUCCAUUGUUGAAUUCAAUUUAUUAUAUUUCAGGCUGGCUAUCUCAUCCUGUGGAAUAUAUUUUUGCAACUAGGCCUGAUGACAGAAAGUGCUGCUGCUAUGUCUGGUUUAACUAGAGCUGCUUAUGGGAUAAAGAAGACAACUGGCUACCUAUGUUGUGCUUCAGAAGCAGUGGCUGUUAACUAAGGCAUUUAUUUAGGUAUUCAUAACUUCUUCAAAAUAAGAUAUCUUCUUCAAUUACAAAGUACUACAUUAUUUCUAUUAUUAAAGAGAAUGCUUUGGUCAUGAAAUUGGGUGGUCUGGACAUUGGGACAUCAAGCUUUGCUGCAGCUAAUUCUUCAAAUGCUAAGGCAGUGUCUCUGGAAAAAAUAUCACAACCCAAGGGAGGAGUGCUACUCAAGAAUAUAGGAUAGUAUGUUCCAUAGAAGACACAAAUAAGCUAUGUAACAAAACCAAAAUCAUGAUCUAGAUUUCAUGGUUUUCAAGAGAAUGAUUUAGAAAUACUGAACACCUGGGUAUGGUUUAAAAUACUCUUUAGAGUAAAUGUGUAGCUUAAGGAAUUACUUUCAAUCUUUCCUCACUCCUAAAGAGAAAAAUGCACAGGAGUCUGACACUGUCUUUCCAUCAGAGGUGAGAUGUUUGUUGUGAUUUCUUUGCGGAUGUCAAGACUUAGAGGGGGAAAGACAUCUCAGUGGAUCAAACCUAGUUAAUCCAAAUUGAAAACUAUUUUUAUUCAAAUUAAAAAUCCUCCAAAAGACAAAGUGAUAGUACAUGCACAAUGACCACUAUUUACUUUACGCAUUGAAGUGUACAGCCAGGAGCAAAAACGAGACAUGGAUUAACCAGGUCCAAAGGCUUGUAUGCUGACAACAUAAAACACUAACUUGAAUAUUACACACACUUGUUCUUUAAGGAAAGAUGGGAAAAUACGGAAUAGCUUAUGAAUGGUUAAUCCCUUCCAAAGUAGUUUAGAAUUGAUGUAUUUUCCCACUUACCUGAGGCAACCAUUUCGCAUACGUUUAAUUUAAUACAGUGUGACACUAUAGAAAACAGUGGGAUCAAAUUGGCAAAAGACAUGGUUUGUUUUUCCGUUACAAACUAUUUUGAGUUAAAAAGCACUUCAAUCAAUUGGUUGUGCAAUCCAGGAUUGUAGCUAUCAAAUCUCAAACUACCAUAAAUGUUACUGAAAUGCCCCCUGCACACAGAGACAUGAUUUUGGAAUAAAUAACAUCUGAGAUAAUUAGGGUCUGCCUAAUGGUCUAGGAGGAGUGCUCUGCACUGCCACAAAAGAGGCCUCUUUUUCAGUUCUCAUUGUUUACUCCUGGGCUUUUAGAAGAUGUAAUGCUACCUUCAACUUAAGUAGCCAGGGAGGACAAAGCUGCAAUCCAGUCCAUCCUGAUCCUUCUAAACUACACAAAAUCAAAUGGGGGUGUCUCAUCCUGUUCUUAAGAAAUAUUUUAAUAAAUAAAUAAAAAUAAAUACA